AGACCCCUCCUCCCUUCCUCCCCUUCCUCCCUCUCCCUCCCAGGUCCUCUGGCCCUGCCCCAGGGCAGCCCGACACCAGCUGACAGCUGCCCAGGACAGCCAGCCCCUGCUGGCCCUCCCCGAGGGUCAGGUGACCCCCCCGCCCCAGGCCUCUGCAGUCCAGCCCUGCGGGCUGACCUGAGUCUGGGCAGCCCGCUCUGCCAGUGCUACUGUGGACACUGACUUCUCCAUGCUGGGGCACUGGGAAGGGCCUUUGCCCAACACGCCAGCCGGCGAUCACUGACUGGGAAGACCGCUCUCCGCUGGACCCCUGUCUCCCGCACAGCCCCCCAGUUCAGCCCGGGGUGCGGCUCCGGGACCCCCACUGCCGAGAGCCCUCAGCCAGGAAGACUCUUGUGCUCUAGCCAAGGCUGAGAAAGGAAAGUUGAGGACUGCUACCAGCCCACCUUCUGUCCGGAAGCUGCGACCUCAGCCCCAGACCCCGCCUCCUCUUGUGGACUGCAGGGAGCCACCCCGCCCUCCCACGCUGGAGCAUGGUGGUGCAGGACAGCGUGGACACCCCCGGCGUGCCGCUGGAGCCCUUCCUGCACCAGGUCGGGGGGCACCUGAGCGUGAUGAAGUACGAUGAGCACACGGUAUGCAAGCCCCUCAUCUCCCGGGAACAGAUGUUCUAUGAGUCCCUGCCGCUGGCCAUGAAGCGCUUCACCCCGCAGUACAAAGGCACCAUCACCGUGCACCUCCAGAAGGACAGCCGCGGCCAUCUCAGCCUGGUUGCCAACCCCCUGACUGAGAACCAGGGGCCCUUCACGGUCUCCACGGAGUCGGCAGCGGUGGCCAUAUGGCAGACCCUCCAGCAGACCACUGGCGGUAGCGCCCUCCCCCUCGCCCAGUGGCAGCACCCCCAGCGGGCACACUCGCUCAAGGAGAGCCCGGCCACAGCGCUCCUGAGGUCCGAGCUCCACCUUAAGGCCCAAGUCCCCUCGCUGGUGGAAGACGCGAAUGGGAAGCUGACGGAGAAGGGAAGCUUUAACCCGUGGGGUCUCCACUGCCACCAGGCCCACCUGAGUCGCCUGUGUGCCGAGUACCCGGAGAACAAGCGGCACCGGUUCCUGUUGCUGGAAAACGUCGUGUCGCAGUACAAGCAUCCCUGCAUCCUAGACCUGAAGAUGGGGACCCGGCAGCACGGGGACGAUGCCUCGGAGGAGAAGAAGGCCCGCCACAUGAGGAGGUGUGCACAGAGCACCUCGGCCCUUCUGGGCAUGCGCGUCUGUGGCAUGCAGGUUUAUCAAACUGAUAAGAAGCACUUUCUCUGCAAAGACAAGUACUAUGGAAGAAAGCUCUCAGUGGAGGGCUUCAGGCAAGCGCUUUACCAGUUCCUGCAUGAUGGGACCCGCUUCCGGAUGGAGCUGCUGGAGCCCAUCCAGCACCAGCUUCAGGCCCUCCUCUCGGUCAUUAGGAGCCAGAGUUCAUACCGGUUCUACUCUAGCUCUCUUCUCAUCAUCUACGAUGGGCAGGAGACUCCACAGACGCCCCACGGCAGCAGUGUCUUCAAAGUUGACGUCCGGAUGAUCGACUUUGCUCACACAACAUACAAAGGCUCCUGGAAUGAACACACCACCUACGAUGGACCAGAUCCAGGCUAUAUCUUUGGCCUGGAAAACCUCAUCCAGAUCCUGCAAGGCUAUACUAACAGCUGCUAAGGACACCAACUCUGGAGGUAAUGCAUGUACCCUGGCAUCUUGCGCUCAUGCUGGCCCUUACAGGCUGCACGUGAGUAUGAAAUGGUGCUUUUCUGGAGCAAGGAAAGCUGCAGAGGAGUUAGGGGCCAGCGUCACAGCAAGAUUCUGCAGCACUUGCACUGAAGGACGCUUUCUUGUUGUCAUGCUGCACUCUCACAAACUGUGAGGGAAAAAAAAAAGAUCUUACUUAAAGAAGCCUAAAAGAAUGUGUUCCCGAGUUUAUGGUUUUUCUGCUCACAUGGGCUGCUGGCUCCUGGGGCAGACAGAGGCUAGUAAUGUCUCUUACCUUCCUCAAAGCGGUAGGUGGGGCAGGGAGACGUGAGACAGAGCUUCCAUCUCACCAGCUCUGACCCCAGGUUCCAAAUGGACAAGGACAAUCCCAGACACAGCACUGGCAAACCGAGACUCCAGCCUCCCCAUUUUUGCCCACGGAAGGGCAGGUUCUAUGGGAAGUGAUGAUUCUGCCAGAUUCUGACCAUGAAGUGCAGCUUCCGGUGGGGGUGGACCGCGCAGAAGGAAGAUGUGAACUUACACUCUUUGCUUUCUAUUUAUUUAUUGGGGGUGGGGUGGGUAGGGUGGGGGAGUUAAAAGAGAGGCCCCUGGAGGACCCAGGAAACCAGGUUCAAUGUUUACAAGAUGGGUGGACAGUGUAAAUGCAGAACCGAGAGCAAAUGGUUCUAAUUAAUUCCUUCUCCUGCAGUGUAGAAACCUAUUACAAUGCACUUGAGUCAAGCACUGAGAUACAUUACCCAAUUAGGGAAAUAAAUUUGUUAAUAAAAUUGCUGAGGUCA